AGAAUCUUAAGAUAUAUUUCGAAUAGAUAGAAAUAGUAAAUUUGAAUUGAGACACAUAUUCUAUGACAGAUUUUAACUUACCCUCUAUUUCGUACCUUUAGUAGGCUUAGUAUUUCCGGCAAUUGCAAUGACUUCCUUAUUUCUUUAUGUGCAGAAAAAUAAGAUUGUCUAGAAACGACGGGGCCAAAUUUUCUCAAUGUAUUUCCAGGAUCAUAAUACAGAUAUUUUUUUGUGUAAGUACUAUAAUAUGAUAGGGUAUGUAGCUCUUUCUACACACAAAUGAAAAACGUCUAUGGAUGCAGAUAUAAGCUACGAGCAUAAAUGCAUGCAUAUGCGUAGCCGACUAUAGCGAGUUUUUUUUUUUAAGUGGAUCCACUAAUUUUUUUUGAAUAGAAAGUCAAUGUAUCUAACCAAUUAUUUCACAGGAGUACUAGCUACUGAAGGCUAUUUCAGAAUCAAAAAAAGUAAAGUAAAAAUCAUUUAGCUUAUUCUCUCAAUUUCAAUUGACCGCUACUGGAUUUAGUAUAUCUAAUAUGAAUUGGCGAUCAGAACACAUAUGGAUAGAACUUCUAAAAGGUUCUCGAAAAAAGAGGUAAUUUUUUCUGGGCCUGUAUUCUUUUUCUAGGUUCAUUAGGAUUCUUAGCGGUUGGGGCUUCCAGUUAUCUUGGUAAGAAUAUGAUAUCUGUACUUCCAUCUCAACAAAUUCUUUUUUUUUCCACAGGGGGUCGUGAUGUCUUUCUACGGAAUCGCGGGCCUAUUCAUUAGCUCCUAUUUGUGGUGCACUAUUUUAUGGAAUGUAGGCAGUGGUUAUGACCGAUUCGAUAGAAAAGAGGGAAUAGUGUGCAUUUUUCGUUGGGAUUCCCUGGAAUAAAACGUCGCAUCUUCCUUCAAUUCCUUGUGCGGGAUAUCCAAUCAAUUAGAAUUCAGGUUAAAGAGGGUCUUUAUCCUCGUCGUAUCCUUUAUAUGGAAAUCCGGGGCCAGGGGGUCAUUCCCUUGACUCGUACUGAUGAGAAGUUUUUUACUCCACGAGAAAUUGAACAAAAAGCUGCCGAAUUGGCCUAUUUCUUGCGUGUACCAAUUGAAGUAUUUUGAGUACCAAUUGCAAUUUUUUGCAAUUGUAAGGGGAUUUUCGAGUAUUUAUCUAAAGUAAAGGAAGGAACAAACGAGGAUAAGAGAAAAUUGCUUCGAAUUUGUUUUGUCCAAGUGAGAUAUAUGGCAUACUAUUCUUCCAUUUUUAUACGAAAGGCCUUUUUUUAUUUCUCUAUUCCACUCCAUUUAGAUCUAAGAAAGAACCCAAUACAAUGAAAUUCCACUAGUAUACAAAAAGAGAAAUAGAUACAAACACAAGGUCUCAAACCUUGUUAUAGAAUUUUUGCUUCAAAGAAAAGAAAUAUCAUAUAUAUUCAGCUUACAGAUCAAAAAUGAAAAAAAAGAAAGCAUUGCCUUCUUUCUUAUAUCUUGUAUUUAUCGUACUUUUGCCCUGGGGAGUCUCUUUCUCUUUUAACAAAUGUCUGGAACUUUGGAUUAAGAAUUGGUGGAAUACCAGGCAAUCCGAAACUUUCUUAACUGAUAUUCAAGAGAAAAGGAUUCUAGAAGGAUUCAUAGAAUUAGAGGAACUUUUUCUCUUGGACGAAAUGAUAAAAGAGAAACCGAAGACACAUGUACAAAAACUUCCUAUAGGAAUACACAAGGAAAUAAUACAAUUGGCCAAAAUAGAUAAUGAGGAUCAUCUCCAUAUCAUUUUGCAUUUCUCAACAAAUAUAAUCUGUUUGGCUAUUCUAAGUGGUUCUUUUUUUCUGGGUAAAGAAGAACUUGUCAUUUUGAAUUCUUGGGUUCAGGAAUUUUUCUAUAACUUAAAUGAUUCAAUAAAAGCUUUUUUUAUUCUUUUAGUUACUGAUUUUUUUGUUGGAUUUCACUCUACCCGCGGUUGGGAACUACUAAUUCGUUGGGUCUACAACAAUCUUGGAUGGGCUCCUAACGAGCUAAUUUUCACUAUUUUUGUUUGUAGUUUUCCUGUGAUUCUAGACACGUGUUUGAAAUUUUGGGUCUUUUUUUGUUUAAACCGUCUAUCUCCUUCACUUGUAGUCAUUUAUCAUUCAAUUAGUGAAGCAUAAACUCACUCAUUUCAUUUCCUAAUAUUAAUCAAAUUAGCAUAUUUCUUUUCUUCCUUUAGAAAUAGAAAGAAAGCCCUUUUCCUUUUUAACAAAAUUCUUUCUAUUUCUACCUGCUCAAGGUAUUCAUCAUUCUAGUACAACUAUUGCAGUAGAAUGACAACAGACUCGUGUAUAGGGAACUAGAUUAGCUUAGCUACCUAUCUAAUUUAUUGUAGAAAUUCCGGGAUCCGCGAUUGGACAUGGAAAAUAGAAAAACUUUUUCUUGGUUAAAGGAACAGAUGAUUCGAUCGAUUUCUGUAUCGAUCAUGAUAUACGUAAUAACUCGCACAUCUAUUUCAAACGCAUAUCCCAUUUUUGCGCAGCAGGGUUAUGAAAACCCGCGGGAAGCAACUGGACGAAUUGUAUGUGCCAAUUGCCAUUUAGCUAAUAAGCCUGUGGAUAUUGAAGUUCCCCAAGCAGUGCUUCCUGAUACUGUAUUUGAAGCAGUUCUUCGAAUUCCUUAUGAUAUGCAGCUGAAACAAGUUCUUGCUAAUGGUAAAAAGGGAGGGUUGAAUGUGGGUGCUGUUCUUAUUUUGCCCGAGGGAUUCGAAUUAGCGCCGCCCGACCGUAUUUCUCCUGAGUUGAAAGAAAAGAUAGGAAAUCUCUCUUUUCAGAGUUAUCGUCCCAAUAAAAAAAAUAUUCUUGUGAUAGGCCCUGUUCCCGGUAAGAAAUAUAGUGAAAUUGUCUUUCCCAUUCUUUCCCCCGAUCCCGCUACAAAAAAAGACGUUCAUUUCUUAAAAUAUCCCAUAUAUGUAGGGGGAAACCGAGGAAGGGGACAGAUCUAUCCUGACGGUAGCAAGAGUAACAAUACGGUCUAUAAUGCUACGUCAACAGGUAUAGUAAAAAAAAUACUACGUAAAGAAAAGGGGGGAUAUGAAAUAUCCAUAGUGGAUGCAUCGGAUGGACGCCAAGUGAUUGAUAUUAUACCUCCCGGGCCAGAACUUCUUGUUUCAGAGGGGGAAUCAAUCAAGCUUGAUCAACCAUUAACAAGCAAUCCUAAUGUAGGAGGGUUUGGUCAGGGGGAUGCAGAAAUAGUGCUUCAGGAUCCAUUGCGCGUCCAAGGCCUUUUGUUUUUCUUCGCAUCUGUUAUUUUGGCACAAGUUUUUUUGGUUCUCAAAAAGAAACAGUUUGAAAAGGUUCAAUUGUACGAAAUGAAUUUCUAGAUCCUGGGAUUUCUUACCAUCAAGUGAGAAAAAAGCCUCGAUUUCUGGAAUUCCUUAUUUCUAUCUCAUGCAAAAGAAGAGGAUCCAAGGCAAAGACGAGAACAAUAAAAGGAACAAGUCCUUUUAGGAGGAAUUGUGGGUCUUCUUAAUCCUCUAUUGGGCACAAGAAAAAGGCUUUUUUGCCUUUUUCUUGUGUCGAUUCUUCUUGUAUCGAAGUUCGGGCGCGGUAGUGGACAAACAGAGGGAAAGAAGGAUACUUCCUUCAUGGAAUAAAAUACUGGAUCCUCUCCCCUCUUUCUUGUUGCUUCAUAAGAGUGAAUCCAUUUUAUGGGCGAAAGGCGGGGGCUUUAAAUCGACCGAUGGAUUGCUUCACUCACUAACAUCAUUAACAAACAAAAGAAUAAAUGGAGGGAUUCCAACCAUCAGAGCAAAGGUUUUCUCUUUGUUAUUUUUACAAAUAGAAAUAGGUAACCAAUUUCUAGAUUAUGGAACAAAACCGCGUUAUAACAAUAAGAAUUCCGCGGGCCCUUUCCGCUCUAAUCAGAUAAAGGGGAGUAAGGACCCGCUAAGUUCCUACUUUUUCAUGUUUACAAUCUGGAUCCUCCGAUUACUAUAGAGAUGAACCCAAUCCAGAAUACGAACCGUAAAAGAAAACACCUAUUAAACCAAUCACAAGAAUACCAGUUACAGUACCUAUCAGCCAAAGAGGAAUUCUUCCAGUAGUAUCGGCCAUUUCCCCUACUUUCCUCCACAUUUUCUCAAGUGGUCAUGCUAGAGACAAAAACAGUCAUGGAUAGUUAUAAAGAUGGUAUCCUUCCAAAUGGGAUAAGAGAAUUCUUACUACUCUCUUUCUUUCUCUCAAUUGAAGAAGUAAUUGGAAAAUAAAACAGCAAGUACAAAAAUGAGUAAUAAACCCCAGUAUAGACUGGUACGAUUCAAUUCAACAUUUUGUUCAUUCGGGUUUGAUUGUGUCAUAGUUCUAUAGUUGGAAUUUGGUUUAUCGUUGGAUGAACUGCAUUGCUGAUAUUGAUCCCAAGAAAAAAACCGUGGGUACAGCUAAUCCGUGAACAGCCAGCCAUCGCACUGUAAAAAUAGGAUAGGUUCGAUCUAUGGUCAUUGGGGGCCUCCUAAAAGGAUCUACUAAAUUCAUCUAGUUGUUCUAAAGAAUCAAAACGGUCGGUUAUUAAUGGAAUUCCUUGUCGGCUUUCCGUGAAAUACUCGUUUGGUCGAGGACUUCCAAACACGUCAUAAGCUAAACCCGUACUGACAAAUAACCAACCCGCAAUGAAUAGGGAAGGUAUAGUAAUGCUAUGAAUAACCCAGUAUCGAAUACUGGUAAUAAUAUCAGCAAAAGAACGUUCUCCCGUGCUUCCAGACAUGCUGAGCUCCCAAAAUUUUUAUUCAAAAAAGGAAUUGAUUCCGUAAAAGAUGGGAUCCACCAGUAAAUAGAAAAUUACUGAUAUUUCAUCCUUGUGAGAUUGUCAAUUUUGUACCAAAGGUGUAUUUUGAGUAUACCGAAUUAGUAUAGCUAUCCUUCCUAUGGCACAGCAAUCCAGUUUUGCUUGGUCCCGAAACAGAAUUCCUUUUUUCUCUUUUUUGUUCCUUGUCUAUAGGAAAAUUACAUGUUAUUCAAGGCAUCAAUAGAACCCCACAAUUUUUUGGGUCCUACUUAUUUUCAUUGUCUUCGGAAUAGUAGAAUAAUUUAAUUUGGAAUAGCGGCCAAGAUCUUGGGAAAAUCUAAGUUAAUGAUUAAUAAGAUAAAGAAUUUAGGAAGGAUAUUCUCAUAUUGACGCAAUACAAAGAUAAGUAUAUGCAAAAUCGAUCCCUUUUUAGUUAAAGGAAUUUAAUUGGUUAGCAUAAAAUAAUAUCUAAUAAAUAGAAAAUCGAAUAGCGGAUAAUCCGUUAUGAAAGAAACGGAAUACAUUCUUUGAAGAAUCAAGAUUCGUAAUCAAUCCUUGUCUUGUUUGUUGGAUUAGGUCUAAUUUUCUUGACCAAACAGCAAGCAUGGAACUUUACAAGAAGAACUUAAAAGAAAAGGAUAAUUGAAGUAACUUUGAAUCCACUUUUGUUGGGGUUCAAAAAACGAAUAAAAAUAAAUAAAAAAAAGUAAAUUUUAGGAAUAGUUCCCUUUUUGAGGGGGCCCCUCGGGGGUCGUGGAAUGCUUUUCUUCUCCUCUUAUUCCAUAUGGAAUACAAUGAGUUAAAAUUUGCUCCAAAAAGAGGAUGAAAUCCAUCCUAUUAAAAAAGAAAUAAUCCGAAUCCGAAAUAGAAAGAAUUUUUUUUUUUUUUUUCAAAUUCAAUUCUUUAUUUAUCUUUUAUUCCAAAAUUCUCCCGAAAAUCCAAUUUCAUUUUUCAAUGGGGUUAGAUGAUCUAGUUCUUAAUAUUAUUAGUUUACUUAACUGACAGAUUCCACAACAAAUCUCUUGAUUCGGAAUUAGGGACUCAUGUUCCGUCUGAUGAAUCGAUUUUCUCUUUUUUUUACACUUCUGUAUCUCACUCUAUCUUGUUUUUUAGUAUUAUCUAAAAUAACCGAUGAAUUAUGAAUUUUCCAUAACUUAAACUUAGGUAAGUGCUUUACCAACAUAUGUAGUGUAGUAAAAAAAAUGGAAUUGAACCCCUUCAUGCUUACUAUAACUAGUUAUUUCGGUUUUCUACUGGCUGCUUUAACUAUAACCCCAGCUCUAUUUAUUAGCUUGAACAAGAUACGUCUUAUUUGAAAUGAAUUGAAUAGAAGAAUCUUUCUUUUGGAUUCUUGGUAUUCUAGACUCUUUUCCACACUAAUUACCAAUUCUUUUCUUGGUCAUUGAGAUUCGUGGGUAGUUUAGACUAUUAUUUAGAGAUAGAUCGUACCUCUUUUUUUAUCCCCUCGAACAAAUCGAAAUGAUUGAAGUUUUUCUAUUUGGAAUCGUCUUAGGCCUAAUUCCUAUUACUUUAGCGGGAUUAUUCGUGACUGCGUAUUUGCAAUACAGGCGUGGGGAUCAGUUGGAUCUUUGAUUGAGUAAUAUUUCUUUUUUGAUUGACCUCCUCUCUGGUCUGGAGGAGGUCAAAUUGGAGUUGCAAUUCUACUUUGUUUUUUUUUAAGUUAUUUUAGUUUCGACAUAAGAUAUAUGGAAUCACGCUCUGUAGGAUUUGAACCUACGACAUCGGGUUUUGGAGACCCGCGUUCUACCAAACUGAACUAAGAGCGCUUUCAAAACAAAAAAAAAAA